AGCUGUCCAGGCCGGCGAGGGGACAGAAAGCCCCUGGGUCGCCUCGCCGCCUCCCGCCUCCCUUGAGGCCGCGCCGAGGGGCGGGGGUCGCGCCCGCCCAGCGGAGCCGCGGGGUGCGGGGGGGCCGGCGGCGGCGCCGCCAUGAAGCUGGAGGUGUUCUCGCAGCACUAUGAGGACAAGCUGAGCACCGGCAGCGACCAGGAAGGCAGCGGCUCGCUCUCCCCGGCUCCGGCGGAGAGCGAACUGGGCUCGGACGGUGACUGCGCGGCCAACAGCCCGGGCGGCGGGGCCGGGCGGCCGGGGCAUCCCCCUCCGCCGCCCCCCACGCCGCAGCCCCCGCCACCGCCGCCUGCCGAGAGCGCCAAGGGGAAACCCUACACGCGGCGCCCGAAACCGCCCUACUCCUACAUCGCGCUGAUCGCCAUGGCCAUCCGCGACUCGGCCGGCGGCCGCCUGACCCUGGCCGAGAUCAAUGACUACCUGAUGAGCCGCUUCCCCUUCUUCCGCGGCGCCUACACCGGCUGGCGCAACUCGGUGCGCCACAACCUCUCCCUCAACGACUGCUUCGUCAAGGUGCUGCGCGACCCGGCGCGGCCCUGGGGCAAGGACAACUACUGGAUGCUGAACCCCAGCAGCGAGUACACCUUCGCCGACGGCGUCUUCCGCCGCCGCCGCAACGCUGUUCCACGCCGGCCUCGCCAAGAGCGGGCGGGGGCCGCCGCCCGGCUCCCCGCUCUACGGGCCCCUCCGGCUGGCCGGGCCGCUGCCGCCGGCGGCGGGGGGCUCGGCCUCCUUCCAGCCGUACGCCGUGGAGACCCCGCUGGCUUAAUGGAGCCCCCCUCCUCCCCUGCGAGGGACCUGCCCGGGGAGGCGUGGAGGGGGAAAAGAGGAGGCUCUGGAUCCCGCACUUUAACUCCAGAGGCGACCACAGCCUCCAAGCAAAAGCCUCGGUGACUGUGCCUUAGUGAAAUGACAGUGGGUUUAACUUAAGCCAAAAAAAAAAAAAAAAAAAAAAAAGGGAAAAAUGAAAAAAAUUCAAACAACUGUCUGUUUGGACAUAGCCAUGAGCCUCAAGUGCUUCUUACUGUUCGUUGAGACUACUUGACUUAAGCCAGUCCCUCGCCAUCUCCUUUCUGUGCCCCUCUCUUGUCCCCACAUCUCCCGCUACCGCAGCCUGGGGCAGCAGAGCGGGGGUGCCCCGCGGAGGGCGCGGCUGCGGCCGCUGAGGGAUGCGCUGUGCGCUUGGGAGGAGGGAGGGGGGCCGGGAACAGCAGGGAGAGAGUAGGGGAGGGGGCCGGGGUCUGCUGAGGAGCCGUAGGUCUGUACUGCAAAGCAAUGCAUCACUGUGCCAAAAGAAACCUUUUCUCCUGUCCGGCAACUGGCAUUUCCUGGGAAGGGAGGAUAUUAAAUUAUUUAUAAAAGUAGUGUUUUUAACACAAAGAGAGUGCAGCUUUUUAAAUUAAUUAUUGGAGGGGGCGGGAGAGGGGAAAGGGCUCAAGGAAAUGUCAGGCGUUGUCUCCUGUACUGGCUGGCGUUCUGCGUUUAUGGCCAAGACCAUUGCUACUGGAAAGAGAAGAGUAAAUUUUUUCGUAUAUUAUUUUUGUGUUUGUAUGUAAUAUAUGUGCGUGUGCAUUUUAUGGACGCUCGGCCACCAUGUUUUUCCGGUUUUUUUCCUUUCUCCUUUCCCCUGAAUAAAAGCUGCCCCCUAAAUAAAGGCGGUAAUAAGGAGAAGAGCGUGAUGUCUGUGCUGGCGUGAGGGAGGGAAGCCUGUCGUGGGACAACCUUGAACGAGAAGCUUGGCUGGGGCCGCGGGGGCAGCAGGGCUGCCCGCCCUUUCAUCCCCAUCCCGGCCGGCGGGU